AUGAAGGGUUCAACGGGCCUCCCGCUCGAAGCCUUUGACACCCCAAUGGACUUCGAGGUGCAUACGCCACAGGAGUGGCUAUCGAUGUGCCACGGGCCGGCAGCGGGGAAGCCUCAGGCCUGUGUAUUGCACUACAUCGCGCAUGAGUGGCGCAUGUUGCCCUGCUGGGUCCUGGGCUACGAGGCAUCGAACUCGAGAUACUUAGUGGAGCUGGAGGACGGAAGCCGAAAGCAGGUCAAGCGACUAGCUCUUCGCUUCAAUGCUGAAGACCCACAGAACUUUCAGCUGAGGGUUGAGACCUGCCGUGCGAAACGAGCACACUGCGAGCUGCAGCAGGCCUUCAUCAAGUUUAUUGAGUCACAACCCGACGAACUGGUGUCACCAGUCCGAAGAGAACAGAAGGAGCGGUUUAUUCGACAAGGUCUGCACCGGAGCCAUUUGGAGGAUUCCAACAGCUUCGUAGGACACAUCCGCGACCUGAUCCGCGAGAUCGAAGAGAACUACAUUCUCUCCAUGAAAUUUGCGAAAGUGAAGAACGACCUGAUCCUAGAGAUGGGCACACCGUAUGCCUGUGUGAGGGAUGAUACACCCUUCGCGCCUUUGUCCGAGACCUUGACCGACCUGCUUCGAUCUCGGGCACGCGCGUUGCUUCGAUCUCGUUCGGCGCGCGACCUCCGAUGCUCCGGAGCCUCCUUCCGGUGGCCCAGGUUGCGGAACUUCCUGCCGGUGAAGCCUCCGCAGUAUGGGCUGGUUCAGCAUCAGGCGGAGUCCGAGCGUUGCCGAGCUUCUUAG